UAACCGUUGCCCUUUUCUUCUCCAGCCAGGGGGUCCCUAGAAGUUAAGCUGGGCACGCUCAGAACGUUUACCGGCAGUUUUCGAUGUCUCUUACCGGCCAUUCGCGGCAGAAUAAAGCCUCUGGCGACACCAGACUCGGGAUGAAAAUAGGUAUACCUAGAAGCAAAUUUUAAAAGCAGUUUCUCUUCAAAUCAUCUUUUUUCAUACCACCUGAUAAGCAUCUCGAUUCAUCAUGGCUGUAGCAGCAGUAAAAUGGGCACUAUCAAACAGAUCUCUCUUGAAAGAUUUAUUUCCAAUUAAAAUUUUUGCAGAUGGAGCUUUAUGUUGUGUUUCUCAUAAAUCUACAUAUUCUUCUCUUCCAGAUGACUAUAAUUGCAAAGUAGAGCUUGCUUUGACAUCUGAUGGCAGGACAAUAGUAUGCUACCAUCCUUCUGUUGAUAUUCCAUAUGAACACACAAAACCUAUCCCUCGACCAGAUCCUGUACAUAAUCAUGAAGAAACACAGGAUCAAGUGCUGAAAACCAGAUUAGAAGAAAAAGAUGAACACUUUGAGCAAGGACCCAUGAUAGAGCAACUUAGCAAAAUGUUCUUUACUACUAAGCACCAAUGGUAUCCUCGUGGACAGUAUCAUAGACGUCGUAAGAAACUGAAUCCUCCAAAAGACAGAUGAUAUUGAAGUUUUCAGUAAUCAAAGAGAAACGUUAUCCUGUGUCUCAUUUGCCAUUUGAGAAAAUGCAAUCAGCUAUAUUCACUAAUAUAUUAUCUAGUAAAAUAAUAAUAAAAUGCCUUUUCAUCUAU